AUGGCGGCGGCGGACAGCACUGGUUCGAAUGUCUCUAGACGACUGAGAUCGGGGGACCUACUUCAUGCUGGUUUGGCAUUGGCACUGCUACUGGGUGUAUGGAGCGUUGGAGGGCUGGAGGUCUCCACGGGGAAAGUGACCACACUGGAAGCAAUGAACGGCUCAACGGUGCUGCUGCCUUGCACUUACUCCUCCUGCAUCGGCAUCAAGAACCUCUACUUCAACUGGACCAAAAAUGGAACCCUGCUCUGUGAGGCCGUGAUUCCCAUCGAGAAAGUGGAGCCCAAAGUGUCCGUCUACCAUGAGCGCGUGGAGUUUGUGGGCACAUCCAAAGACAACAACAUCUCCAUCCUGCUGUGGAACAUCACCUUUGAAGAUGAGGGGGAUUACGUCUGCUUCGCCCGGAACCCAAAGGAGAAGAACCGAAACCACAGCGCAAUCUACACUCUGAUAGUGGUGGAACAAAUGAGGUUGGUGGACAACACGCUGACCACGGUCAUUGUGUCUGUGGUGGGCGGAGUCAUCGGCCUCAUGAUCCUCAUCAUGGUCAUAAAGGCUCUGGUCAUCCACUUCCUCUGCAAAGGCGAUGAAAAGAAUAAAGAGUGCCUGGUGAGCUCAGGGAACGACAACACAGAGAACGGACUCUCAGGAGCCAAAGCGGCUGCUGCAGUAGUGCAGUCUGUCCUCUGCAGUGCGCCGUUCGAGCACCACUGCCACCUAGAGGCCGACUGGCUCUACUGCGGCAGUCACGGUAGUCACUAA